CCCCCCCUCCCCCUCGUUCACGACCUCCCCCUCCCCCCGGCUCCCCUUCCCUCGGCGGAAUGGCGACCUCUCACGAACAAUCAACGGCCACCGUGCUCCAGGCACUCCAGACUUUGUACCACGACCCAGACUCGGCAGCAAAGAAGAGGGCAAACGAAUGGCUUGAAGAGUUUCAGCACAGCGUCGACGCUUGGCAGACAUGUCAUACGCUGCUCGUAUCGCCAGAGGCCCCGCUCGAAGGUCGCCUGUUCUCUGCACAGACACUGAGGGCAAAGAUUCUCUAUGAUCUCCCCCAGGUUCCCAGAGACUCACUGCCAUCGCUGCGCGACUCGCUCCUCGACUCGCUGGCACCUCUGACGCAGCCCGGCGCCCCAGCUGGCUCGCGGGCCGUCUUGACACAACUCAGCUUGGCCCUUGCCGACCUCGCACUCCAGAUGCCAGAAUGGACUAGCGUUGUGCAGGGCAUGAUUGAGCGCUUCGGACAGGACCCAUCGACCGUCAUUGUCCUGCUGCGCUUCCUCUCGUCGCUUGCCGAGGAAUCCUUGAACCAGAGGCUGCCAGUUCCACCCGAGGGAUCUGACAUCUACGAUGCGCUCGUCAGCGACGCGGCCGAGAGCGUCGUCAACAUCCUGUCAAUGUACAUCCAGGCCGAAGGCUUGACGCCCCAGAUCAAGACGGCCAUCUUCGAGACGAUGCGGAGCUGGCUCCGGGCCGGCGAGCUCCCCGUCACAGUCGUGGGCCAGAGCCCGCUCUUCCCGGCCAUGUUUGACGCGCUCGAGCCCGACGACCUGUUUGACUCGGCCGUCGACGUCAUUUGCGACCUCAUCCACGAGACGCAGGAGAUCCACGACAACAUGGAGGUCGUGCAACAGAUCCUCCCCCGGCUUAUCGCCCUCCGCCCCAAGCUCGACCAGUACACCGACGACCCGGACAGGAUACGAGGCUACUGCCGCAUGUUCUGCGAGGCCGGCGAGUGCUACCGUGACCUUAUCAAGCUCCACCCGCGCGAGGCCUACCCCCUCGUCGAGGCCAUCAUGGUCUGCACGGCGUACCCCGACCUGGACAUUGUGCCGAUUACCUUCCAGUUCUGGUGGAUCCUGGCGGGCAUUGUCAACCGUCAAUCCAACCUGCACAAUGACCCCAACUUUGCGCCCUACAUCCAGAUCUUUGGCCAGCUCCAGUCGACUAUUAUCCGCCACCUCCACUUCCCGGCGGACAAUGAGAGCCAGACGGCGCAGGAGCGUGACGAGUUCAGGACCUUCCGCCACCGCAUGGGCGACACGCUCAAGGACUGCUGCCAAGUGCUCGGCGCGUCGGCUUGUCUCAAGAAGUCGUACGACCUUGUCAUUGAAGCCAUGGCCAAGCCCACGCCCUCCUGGCAGGAGAUUGAGGCGCCCCUGUUCUCAAUGCGCUCGAUGGGCGCCGAGGUCGACCCCGAUGACGACGAGGUCAUGCCGCACAUUAUGGACCUCCUGCCCAAGCUCCCCGAGCACCCUCGUAUCCGCUACGCCGCGAUUCUCGUCAUCUCGCGCUACACCCAGUGGAUCGACCGUCACCCACAGAAUCUCGCGUUCCAGCUUGGUUACGUCUCGGCUGGCUUCGACAUGGCCGAGGACGAGGUGUCGGCGGCGGCAGCCCAGGCGAUGAAGUUCCUGUGCCAGGACUGCAACCGUCACUUAGUGCCCUUCCUGCCUCAGCUGCACACGUUUGUCACCACCGUUGGUCACAAGCUCGACCAGGCCGACAUGGUCGAGGUGUGCGAGGCUAUCGCCUAUGUCAUUCAGACGCUCCCGACCGAGGAGGCAGCCCAGGCUCUGCAGACGUUUACCCAGCCACUCAUCGAGCGGGUUGCUCUCGUGGCCAACGCCGCUGCCGAGGCGCCCAAGCCCGAGCUCCAAAAGGUCGCCGACGCACUCGAGCAGCUGGACGCGUACCUUGCUGUCAUUCGCACCCUCAACCCUCUCCCCGAGUCAUGCUUUGCGACCGCCGCGACGGUGUACUCUGUCCUUGACACCCUCCUGUCCAAGUACGCGCUGAGAUACUACAUCUCGGAGCGUGUCGGCUCGAUCCUCCGUCGCGGACUUACCUUCUUCCCAGAGCGCGCUCUCGAGCCGGUCAUUCAGCCCCUCCUGGAGCGCAUGGCAACGUCGUUUUCGCAGACUGGCUACGCCUCGUAUCUCUGGAUUACUGGCAAGGUGGCAUCAAAGUUUGGCGAGUCGGCCCAGCAGCCAGGGAACGAAGCCCUUGCUGCCCUCUUGGUCGGUGCAUUCCAAAACGUCACCGCGUCGCUCGACAAGCUCUUGCAGGUCAAGACUGCAGUUGAGAUUGCCGAUGUCAUGGACGACUACGUGCACUGCUUCAUGGCGUACAUCAACGCGCUGCCAGUUCAAACGCUGGCGUCCCCGGCGAUUCCUCAGGCCGUGUCUCACACACUCCAGGCGUUGCUGUGCCCUGCCCCGCAGACCAUCCUCGUCUCACUCGACACGCUCGCCCUCCUCGCGCAGAGAAUGCAGCAUGCGCCGUUCCUCGCGCUCCUCCAGCCCGUCUUUGCGCAGUACGCCAAGCUCAUCCUGCAGCUCGUGCUUUCGGGCGUCGUCUCGGGCUACCCCGAGGAAGGGUUUGACCAGGUCCCUAUCAUCGUCCAGGCGACGGUCGUGUCCGUGUCGCCUGCCGACGCCGAGCAGUAUGCGGCCGAGGCGCUUGACAAGAUUCCCGGCCACACCCUCCCUGCUUCCGAGAAGCAAAAGUUUGCCGCCGAGCUGCAUGCGUACCUUACACCGGGGUCCGGCGGCCCCGACAAGCUCAAACUUGCGCUCGUCCAGCUCAUGCGUGCGGCCAGACGGGCUCGCGAGCGCGGCAGGCAGUCGCGCAAGAGCCUCGGUGGGCUCUGAGCACCUCUCCCCUCCACCCAAUCACCUUACAUACCCAAAACCCCCAAGCAAACCCCCCACAUCUAGGCAUUUUUAAUCGACAACGUAGAAGUCAUAGGGCCGCGCGCGCGGCUGGUAACGAACCCGGACAGCAUGUGGAUGAGAGCGAGUUGACGGCAAUUGGCAUGGGACCGGUGUGCAUGGUGUGCAUGUUGGCCACUCACGAGCGGGCUUAAUGCUACGUGAGGACGCCCGUAGAUGUCUAUGCAUUCAGCACGAC